UCCUUCGAAGCAAUGACUCCCUAUUCUCCUCCCCCACAUAUACCCACCCGCUAUACGAAGACACAUAAAAAAGAACCGAAAUAAUCGUUCUAACCACGACUUUUCCCUUUUCUUUUUCUUUUCUUUGAGUAAUGUCCAAGCUCUUGUUCCAUUCUCUCUUGCUUCUAUUUCUCAUCAUAUAAUAACCAAAUACACAAACAGGAAUAAAUCUUUUUACAUGGAAAAACAACACCAAACCAGAAUUAUUUCUCACGUUUUGAUCAUCAUCAUCAUCAUCUUCCUUAGCUUUGCUUCUUUUGCUUUAUGCAUCAUUUGUGAGUUCAAGAAAUCAAAGAAAGAGGAGAUUCGAGUGGAUGGAAAGUUAUGCUAUUUGCCUCAAAGCCGGGCAUUUGCUUAUGGAAUUGCAGCUUUGAUAUGUUCCUUCAUUGCCCAAGUCAUAGGGACAGGGUUCUUCAUUUUAUGUAGAAGAUCAGCCGAUUUCAAGUCUUCAAAGAGUUCCUUUGCAAGCAUUAUUUUGUGUCUCUCAUGGACGAGUUUUUUCAUGGCGUUUAUUUUGAUGGGAAUCGCAUCAAGCAUGAGCCGGAAACAGAUAUACGGGGAAGGGUGGGUGGACGGGAAGUGUUACCUUGUGAAGAAUGGUGUAUAUGUUGCUUCUGGAAUACUUUUCCUUAUCGCCAUCAUUUCAACAAUCUUUUCGUGUUUCUUAAUCCUUAAUAUGCAUCGACCUGUGCACGCUCAAGUGAAAUGAGAUAUAACUCACCCUUUAACUCUUGGUCAUAUAUAGUGUAAGCCUAGAAAGAUUAUAUAUAUAGAUAUAUUUUCUUCUUUAACAACAUACUUGUAAAAAAAACAAAUUUUCAGUGAUAUAGUUGGAUCCUUGUAAUUAAUUAUAUUAUUUACACUAUAACUAAGUUAAAUAACAUAAAUCAUAAAUAAGA